CUUCUUCACCUUCUUUUUUAAUGAUUUCAGAAAUGAAUAAAAAAGUUGGGUGUAUCAUCUUUUUCUCGUUCCCUCAUUUCGUAAUUUUUCACGAAUUAUUAGGUUUUUUUAAUUUUCUCUGCCACUUAGUUACCUGUACCAUUAUUCAGGCAAUAUAAAAUAAAAUUUGAUGAUGUUGAAGUUCGUGAUGAAAUUUCACUGCUUUCGUUGUACUGAAUUGGGGGACUAAAUUGAAUUCUAAAAAUUUUCAUCAAUUUUGUAUCUUGCUUGUUUUAUCAACUUCGUGAUUUAUCGGAAUUCCUCUUAACCGGACGGGUCUAAUUUCUCGAAUCAUGUGACGGGCAUUUCUUUUAGUAUAUUGCAUGAUAAUGGAUUUUCUUUAAGUUGUGUUUUCGAAUUUUAAAUGAAGGUUGAGUUUUACGGUUUCUGCAUUGAGGCUUCAAGGGUAGAAUUUUUCAAACGGAGCUAAAUUCAAUAAGAUCUGAACACACAGUCUGGAAGUGGUGCUCAAUUUGGCAAAAUCACAAAAUAAUGUGUCUAUAGUGCAACAUUUGAUUAUUGCAGAACUCUCCAUUAUUACUGCAGCUGAACAAUUUCAUAACUGCUGACAAAUGAAAUUAGGCAUUUAAUUUUCAGGCUCCUUUGUUCCACAGCAACAAUGAACCACCAAUAUGGUGAAGACCAAGAUCGAGUGAGUGUAGUUGGAUUUGACGUCCCUAACUCUCCCGAAGCAAGUUACAACAAUGCCUACCCUGGAAAUGAAGAAGAGGGGCGAGAACCACCAUCACUACCUCCCCAUCUGCAGCAUACAUUACUGAAUCAACCGACAACGAGUGAUCCCUGUGCACCCCUCCCAUCACCACAGAACGUUACGCUAAAUCAUCUUUACAUAGAGAAUCGAGAACCUCCUCGCACAGUAGUCGCACUUGGGGUCACUCAUCGUUUUCGUGCGAAAUUUGUCACUGUUGUGCUCUACAAACCUGUUCCUGGAAGAUGAAGAUGAAGAUGAAGAUGAAGCAGCAGGAGCAGGUGAUUUUCAUGAUCAUGAACCUCAUCUUCUUCUUUGGCCUUUCUUUUGUUUGUGUCCUAAUUUGAGCAGUAGGAGUUGGCUGGCCAAACAUUAUUUAUUUAGCAUUGAAAUUUAUGUUUCAUCAGGUUGCUGUGGUAAAAAUUUCUGUGUCUUUUAGAUAUUAGUAGUAAUUAGUAAUUUGAAGUAUAGAAA